AUGCGCCUCGCUAGCCAUUUGCCGUCCUAUAUGACGGCAACUUUUAUCUUCUCCAUCAUCACUCUUAGUGCACCCGUUCAGGCAGAAGGCGUGCCAGGCGCCAGCAAUUAUUGGCUGAAGCGGUCACUCAUCGACAUUGGCUUCGUUCCAGGGAUGUCAGGGGCAGGUGUGGGCAGUGCUGGGGCCGGAGGAGACGUUGUUGCUGUGGGCGCUUCUGCUGGAACUGGCACGAUCUUUAGCACUGGCAGCAGUACAGGCCAGAGCAAAACUCUGAUACUAUCGCUUGGUUCUUCCGGAAUCAUAACUCCGGGAGCGCAGCGUGCCUGGGAAGCCUACCUUCAAACCGAUCUUCGCCCGAAACUUUCUGCCAUCGGACAACCAGCGAUGUUACUUUCGGAGACAAACCCACUUGUUCCUUUCCAGCUCACUGGCCAGGGGCAAAGCCAGGGUCGGCUGCUGAUCAUGCUGUUGUUCGUCCAGCCACAUCCACUUAUCAUUGAGGAACGGUUCCGAACUGUGUUUGCGGCUAUGGCGACAGAUUCGUCUCAACGAGCAAGAUUUGGCAUCGAGGAGUUUUGCCAAAGUGCCGGGAUUACCAAUCUGCAGGCUGCAACCUGGGUAGCCAUUCAGGGAGGUGGUGUCGCGACAGCAGGAAUUGCCGGAGGUGGGGCUGAAAAUGGUGUUAUGACAGUUGUGACCACUGACAUAUACGGAUUGCCGGUCACGGUACUGUCAACCCUGAAGAAUAUUGGGAAUGCAGGCACUGAAGGUUCAGGUGCUGGCCCUACUGUCACGACCAUCACAACUACCGACGCCAAUGGCUUACCGGUUCUUAUUCCCACCGUACUUACUCCUGCAGCAGCCGGCCUUCCAACUCCAGGGCCUGCUAGAGUAUUGACGACCGUAAUGUCGACCACUGACUCCAAUGGAAACCCAUUGGUCUUCACCGCGACCAUAGCUCUUCCAGCCGGACCGAACGCCAACGGAACCGGUGCCGUUCCUACCCCAUUACCUUCUCCCGUCGCGACACCGGCCAUGGCUACUACCGUCCUGACUGUCACAGCUGCCGGCGGCGUUCCAGUGCUGGUUACAACCGUGGUUACCCAGGCGCAAGAAGUUAGCGGCAACGGUGAAAACAAUACCAGCAGCGUUGCGAACCCGGGUGUCGGAGGGGAAGGGACGGGAAGCGCGACCCCUGUGCCAAUGGUUAUCACUACUACCGACACUGCUGGAUCGCAGGUCACUAUCACGACGCUCACACCGGGCUCUGCGUCCUCGACAGGGUCCAUGAGCAUCGAAACGGGUAUAGAGCUGAUUGCUGCUGAGACGUCUUUGACUGGGACUGCUGCACCGUUGUCUGCAACUGACAUUGCUGCCAUUACUAUUGCUAGCGAUGGUCUCGUUGGUGGCGAUGGUAGUCAAACUGCCGACCAGGAGCAAGUGACUGCUGCCUUAACAAACACCACAACCUCCGAUGGCGGAAAUGGAAGUUCUGACAAAAGCCUGGACAGUAGUAUGGGGCUGGUUCUAGUGAUGGCACAGAAGGAACUGCUACCGCAAGUCUGA